UGGAACGCAUUUGGGCCAAGCUCAUCCAUAGCGGGAAAGAGAGAAAUGUCUGUCGAUUAGCGCAUACUUUCCCAUUUGGCUUCGGGGAUCUCUAAAUUUAUCGCAAGACAUCCUGUUUUUUCCCCGUUUUCGUGAACAUACCGCAAGACAGCAAGAAUAUUUGCCCCAAAACGAAGAACGAAGAUAAUCACUUACAAAAAGGAUAAGCAAAGCCAUUUGUCUCUACCGAAAAGGUUGGUUGAUCGCUAAAUUGUUUUGUUUUUUCAUCGUUGAAUUUGGUGGAGGAAGGAGGAUUCUAUAGAAUUCGAUUCCAGAAGAAAGGGGAGGAGGAUUCAUGGAGAUUAGCAGCGUCGGCAUGGAUAAUUCGGCGGUGACGGCGUUUUUGUUGACCGACGCAACCACUUGGUGGCAAGAAAUAAACGAUUCUCCCCUUUGGCAGGAUCGUAUCUUCUUAAUCCUUGCUGCUCUCUAUGGCGUCGUCGCCAUCGUCGCUCUUAUUCAACUAGUCCGUAUACAGUUGAGGGUGCCGGAGUAUGGUUGGACCACGCAGAAGGUCUUCCAUUUUCUCAAUUUCUUGGUGAACGGAGCGCGAGCGGUCGUUUUUGUAUUCCGUCGUGACGCUCAGAAUUUGGAACCGCUGAUUCUCCGACAUAUCUUGCUUGACAUGCCAAGCCUUGCCUUCUUCACAACUUAUGCUCUAUUGGUUUUGUUUUGGGCAGAGAUUUACUACCAGGCACGUGCUGUAUCGACUGACGGGUUGAGACCAACUUUCUUUACAGUAAAUGCAGUUGUCUAUGUAAUUCAGAUUGUUUUGUGGCUGAUAUUGUGGUGGAAUCCUGUUCAUGUACUGGCCAUCCUUUCUAAGAUGUUCUUUGCCAGUGUCUCUUUGUUCGCUGCCCUUGGCUUUCUUAUUUAUGGGGGAAGAUUGUUCUUGAUGUUACAGCGCUUCCCUGUGGAAUCCAAAGGAAGACGGAAGAAGUUGCAAGAGGUCGGCUAUGUGACGACUAUAUGUUUUUCAUGUUUCCUAAUCAGAUGCAUCAUGAUGUGUUUUAAUGCUUUUGAUCAAGCUGCUGACCUCGACGUUUUGGAUCAUCCGGUUCUAAAUUUUAUAUACUACAUGUUGGUUGAGAUUUUACCUUCUUCUCUGGUCCUCUUCAUUCUGAGAAAGCUGCCCCCGAAACGAGGAAUCACGCAGUACCAUCCUAUCCGUUAAGGGCCGAUUAAGAACAAGAAAGUCGGACCAAGGGGUUUCAACAAGGUGUGUGCAUAACAAAGUGAAAAGUUUGGAAUGAGGUGCUGAGUUUAAGGCACCUGAUCCCUAAAGAAACAUGGCAGAGGCAUUUUGAGUUCUGUGGGUUUUGUUAUUCAAAGUUAGGAAAUUUGUUUGAAUAGAAUUCAACUGCUACAGACUGAAGUUAUAGUGAGGAUGGUGUUGGUGUUCCGUGUGAUUUAUCUAACCUUACUCACUGUAUUUCUUGUGGUUGCCAUUUUGGUUCAGUGACAAGAGAUACAGUGACAUUUCUAAACACAUCCUGUAUUUAUAACCCGCUAACUGUUGCUGAAUUCUGUAUUGUUUUAUUUAUUUAUUUCUGACAGAAGCCAUUGGAGGAGGAA